AUGAAUUCUAAGGAGCAGUGUAAGGCAGUUGCUUUAAGGAGUGGAAGAAUUUUAGAAGACCAAAAACCAAAAGACAAACAAAAAUUAAUGAAGGAAACUUUUGGUAAUUCUGAUGACCUAUUGAAAGAGGAAGAGAAGAAAAUUAAAAAGGACAAGGAAGAGGAGGAGAAAAAGAAAAAGAAGCUACCUGAACGGUACCAGCCCCCUCUACCUUUUCCUCAAAGGUUCCAAAAAGUCAAAUUAGAUAAGCAGUUUGUAAAGUUUUUAGAAGUUUUUAAGAGAAAGCUAGAGGGUUAUGAGACUGUUGCUUUAAUAGAGGAAUGUAGUGCCGUCUUGCAAAACAAGCUACCUCUAAAACUCAAGGACCCUGGAAGCAUUUUUAUACCUUGCCUUAUUAGCAACAUGAACAUAGACAAGGCCCUCUAUGAUCUUGGUGCAAGUGUGAGUCUGAUGCCCCUAUCAAUAUGCCAAAAGUUAAAUGUUGGAGAGCUUAAAUCAACUACAAUCUCAUUACAAUUGGUGGAUAGGUCUGUUAAGUACCCAAAUGGCAUCUUGCAGAACAUCUCCAUCUAA